AUGGAGUGGACCGACCCUCCGCCCGACCAGAAGGCCAAACACACCACUGAGGGGCAGGAAGUGCCAGUCCCGUCAGGAACACAUCCUGUUCUGGGAACAAAGCGGGUCCUCCCUUCGCCCAAGCCUGUGUCCCAAGGAGCGGAGUCUUGGAGCCCAGCUCUGAGACAUGCGUUCACCAAGGCGCUGCCGAGGGUGUUGUCGGAAUUCAGCAAAGCCCAGGUGAACUCUGUGCCCACCGAGGGACUGAGCCCAGAAACGGAGGUUCCCGUGCUGCAGGCCUCGCUCACCCUCCACGGCCUGGACACCAGCACACCCCCGCCCUUUGAGGUACCUGCGGAGCCCCACCCUGCCCAAGCAUCCCCUGGGACCCGAGAUGGGGCCCACACGGGGGAGCCUCUUUCCCAGGCGCCUGGCCCUGGGGGCUGGCUGAAGCUGGGCAUGGCCCAGGCUGUCCUUUUGGGGAGCACUUCAGGCCAGCAGCCUCCUAGUCCUGUGAGAGAGGCAGCCAGAGCAGUUGGCCAAGGAAGUGGCCAGCGGAAGCCCCUGGAGGAUGACAGACCUCGGCUGAGCCUUGUGGUUCCCUCACCCACCAGUCCGAUAAACACAAACUGGAUCUCAGAAGAUGACUUCUACCAGCCUCCCCGGGAACAGCCCGUGGAGAGUCCUUCCGAUGCCUCUGUAGGUUCUCCCAGAGGGACUCCAGAGUCAAGGCCUGGUCUCCUCACGCAAGGACCAAGAAGAAGCUGUUCCUUGGAGGCCUUGGACAAAGCUUGCGUGCCUUCCCCAGGAAGCAGGAGAGGUGAGGCCACCCCGGCACCAGAGCAUAAUGACUUCAGGGUGGUGCAUCGCAGGCAGAUGGGGCUGUCCAACCCAUUCCGGGGGCUCCUGAAGCUGGGCACGGUGGAGCGGCGGGGGGCCAUGGGCAUCUGGAAAGAGCUCUUCUGCGAGCUCUCCCCGCUGGAGCUGCGCCUCUGCCUGAGCGGCGAGGAGGGCACCUGCGUGGAGAACUGCUCACUGCUGCGCUGCGAGUCUGUGGGGCCGGCCCACAGCGACGGCCGCUUCGAGCUGGUCUUCUCGGGCAAGAAGCUGACCCUGCGUGCCUCGUGCCGGGAUGAAGCCAAGGACUGGCUGGACCGGGUGCGGGAGGCGCUGCAGAAGUGCCGGCCCCAGCAGGAAGAGGAGUGGGUGACCAUCCAGUACCCGGACCAACCCGAGGACCCCCCAGAGGCCCCCCAGGGUGGCCACCCCUCCCAUUCGGACCUGCUCUCAGAGCCUGAAACCCCCCAGGGCCUGCAGUUGGACUGGUCCUCUUCCCAAGUUCCCGAGCCCGAUGCUAUUAAAGAAUCCCUUCUGUACCUGUACACGGACCGCACCUGGAUGCCCUAUAUCUUCUCCCUGUCCUUGGAGUCUCUGAGGUGCUUCUGCAUGAGAAACAACGAGACGAUGUUAAGUGACAGCCAUGGAGUCGAGACCAUCUGAGACAUCCUGCCGGACACAAGCCUCGGGGGCCCAUCCUUCUUCAGAAUCAUCACAGCCAACGCCGUCCUGAAGCUGCAGGCCGGGAAUGCCGAGGAGGCUGCCCUGUGGAGGGACCUGGUGCACAGGGUCCUGGCGUCCUACCUGGAGACGGCCGAGGAGGCAGUGACGCUCGGCGGGAGCGAUGAAAACUGUCAGGAGGUGCUGAGGUUCACUACGUGAGAGAAUGGCUACCUGCUGCAGUAUCUGGUGGCCAUCCCCACGGAGAAAGGCCUCGACUCCCAGGGCUGCUUCUGUGCAGGCUGCUCCCGGCAGAUCGGCUUCUCAUUUGUACGACCCAAGCUCUGUGCCUUCUCUGGCCUCUAUUACUGUGACAUCUGCCAUCAAGACGAUGCCUCACUGAUCCCAGCCAGGGUCAUCCACAACUGGGACCUCUCCAAGCGCCCGGUCUGCAGGCAGGCCCUGACGUUCCUGACGCAGAUCCGGGCCCAGCCCCUCAUCAACCUGCAGCUGGUGAACGCGUCCCUGUGUGAGCACGUGGAGCGGAUGCACCUCAUCGGGAGGAGCCGGGAGCAGCGGAAGCUCCUGGGAGAUGACCUGGGGCUGUGCCGAAGCGGAGCCCUGAAGGAGCUGAGCAAGAGAAAUUUCCAAGGAAACUCUAUGUCUUACAUUGAUGAAAAUGUAUGGAAGGCAUACCGUUGGACUGAGACACUGAUUCUCAGUGACAAUCAUUUGACUGAAUUACAUAAGGACUCAUCUGAAGGCUUGCUAUCCGUCCAGUAUUUGAUCUUAGUUUCCCGACCAUGGAUUGAACCCAGGCCCUCGGAGUCCACUGGGCUGCCAAGGAAUUCCAUCUCCAGCUCCUUUAUCAAAGAGGAAAUGCUUGCAUAGUAUUUCUGUUUAUUUAGGGCUUCCUCCUGAAACUUAGAUAAGAGCAAUUUGUUUCCAUUUGAGGGAGGGGCAGAUGUAUGAUUCUG